GCAUAUAUUAAUCAUCAUCUAAGUAGAAAAGGGUAUGCUGGACUUGAAGAAGAGAUGAUGAUUGAAGCUGGCUCCACAGAAAGCAUUGAUAGAAGUUUACUUUGGAAGAGGGCAAUGCAAAAAAAAGAUGGCAGCUAUGAUGAUGUGGUCCUACCGGUAGUGGAAAAAAUAGAUGAAUUGAUGAAAGAGUCUCAAGAUAGUGGCAUAAGCUAUAGUGGGAGCAAUGACAUACUUUCUCAAGCACUAGGUACUCCUGAGUAUACUGGUCGGGUUCGAGCUAAAGGGAAGCACUACACGCCUGGACGAUAUUUCAAUAGUAUGUCAGAACGUGUUGUGAGGGAUUUUUUAAAAGCAACUCAAGAACGUCAAGCUAAGUUUGAGGCUGAUGUGUUAGCGAGACUAUCUCAGAUAGGAGUUGCUACACCACAAUCCGAUGUGAGUAGUUCCAACAUGAAAUCAAAAUUGUUGCUUCUACCAGAAGUAGUGGAGAAACCAAUUCGUAAAGUUGAGGAGGAGACCUUACCUGUGAAAAUAGAACCACACAUGAAGGCAAGAAAAUGUGAGUUGGCAGUAGGGACCAGAGAAAAUACAGUGGCUGGUGGAACAAUUGUAAUGGAUUGUGGUCCCAACUACCUAGUUGUUUUGGAUGCUCCCUAUGAGUCAAAUGCACCACUUCCUAUUCCCAUUCCUGGACAAGCUACAACAGUUGGAGCGGCAGUGGGCUACCAAGUUUUAUGGCCAACCCAUUUAGUCAAUUUGAGUACUAAAUUCAUUAAGGGAUCUCACAAAGGGAAAAGACAAAAAACAACAGAAAAUGACUUGAAAAUUGGUGAAAACCCUCAAGAUAUCAACAAUUUUGAUGCAUUAGUAGGUCUCAUGCUAAAUGAGGGGAAAGCACAAGGUGUGGAGGUCCCAAAUGAUGUAUUUGGCGAGAGUUUUAAGACCUUCCUUAUGAAAGAAGACAUGGAUAUGAUAAUUUCAUUUAAGGAAGUGUCGGCUAAUUGUGUCAUAUAUUAUAUAUGGUAA